AUCAGACGGCUGGACGCAUAAUAAGAUCUUGUGAGCUGCGCACUUUGUGCUCAGUCCACCGCCCGCUCGAUCACCAUGUUGCAGUCAAGGAUCCGAAACUCGCCGAUGGUGGGCUUUGCGGUCGUUGUUGUUUGCGCCACGCGAAUGCUGUUCCCAGGCAUCGGCUUUGCAACGCUUGUCGCAAUACUCGUUGGUCUCUCCAACAUCAAGGCAUUCCCCUUCGUCUGGCAUCUUCGCGUCCUCCCCGGAUUCGUCCUGACGCCCACUCCUCCCUCUGCCAGUGCCAACAAAUGCAGCCGUCUCUUCGCGCCGCACACGUGCACCUCGCACACCCCGCUCCUCGAAAUUGAUUACAACCUGCACAAAUCCAACAGCACCUACUUCAGCGACCUAGACAUCUCGCGAUCCCGCUUGCUCCUCUCUCUCUUCCGCGCCGGUCUGGCCCGUCUCACCCAGGACCAACCCAAUGCGCCCUGCACCAUAGCCCUUGGCGGCGCCGCGUGCAACUUUCACAAGGCCAUUCCGCCGCUGGGGCGUUACCGCAUGGUAUCGCGCGUGCUGUGCUGGGACCGCAAGUGGCUGUACGUGGCCACCCAGUUCCGCUCUGCGGGAGAGGAUCAGAGGGAGGGAGGCGGGAUCGUUUUUGCCACCGCUCUGGCGCGGUAUGUUGUCAAGGCGGGCGGGCGGGUGACGGUGCCGCCAGAGAAGCUACUCGACGCAUCAGAGCUGCUUGGCGCCGAGGGCAGUCCCGCGCGGAAAGAGGCAGAGCGGAGGCGCGAGCGGGCAUUGCGAUUAUUACAAACAAGGCAGACUCAACACAAGAGAUUGGCUCGGAUGACACUUGUUCUCGUAUCUUCUCUCAUUGCCGGCAGCCAGCCUGGAUCCCAAAUCCUCGAAUGCGCAAAUAGAGAUGGCCUUCUCAUGAGCGGGCGUCUAGCGUCGCCCGGGCCAUGGCGCCGUACCGAUUAUGACUAA